UUAAAUAACGAUAAGAGUUAAAAACUGGACAUCAGAGGCCAGUAUUGACAGGCACCAUGAGCGGUCUGCUCGCCCUUUUGACAUUUCUGGCCUUCACCUCUGUGGCUGCAAAGCCCAACGCUGGGUUAAAAACGUGGGGACGUUUCAGAAAGCUGCCUUAUCCUGGAGAUAUGGCGUUCCUCUAUGAUACCUUCCCCGAGGACUUCAUAUGGGCCGUGGGCACCGCUGCGUACGAGGUGGAGGGCGCGUUUGAGAAGGACGGCAAGGGGCUUUCUAUUUGGGACACUUUUACGCGCGGUGGGAACCGGAUGGCCACCGGGGACGUUGGCAGCGACAGCUAUCACAACAUCCGCGCCGACAUCAGAGCCAUCAGCCAGCUCGGGGUCAGCCACUACAGGUUCUCCCUGUCCUGGUCCAGGAUAUUUCCCAACGGCACCCGCGGGAGCCACAACGAGAUGGGCACCAACUACUACCGGAACCUCAUCAAGAAACUGAAGGAUAUCCGCGUGCAGCCGGUGGUCACGCUCUACCACUGGGACCUGCCCGACCACCUGCAGCAGACCCUCGGCGGCUGGGGCAAUCCGGAGAUGGUUGGGAUUUUUAAAGACUACGCAGAUUUCUGUUUCCAGACUUUCGGGGAUGAUGUGAAGUACUGGAUCACCAUUGACAACCCGUUUGUGGUGGCGCGGCACGGGUAUGGCACCGGAGUGGUCGCUCCCGGGAUAAAAAACGACCCUGAUCUCCCGUUCCGGGUCGGACAUAUUCUCCUUAAAGCUCAUGCCGCUGUGUGGCACCUCUACGACCGGCUCUACCGCCCGCGUCAGCAGGGCCAGCUCUCCAUGGCUCUGGCCUCUCACUGGAUCAAGCCCAGCCGCACUCGCCUGGAGAGCCUCAAAGAGUGUCAGUGCUCCCUGGAUCACGUCCUGGGCUGGUUCGCCCGGCCCCUGUUCACAGACGGAGACUACCCCCCCUGCAUGAAGGAGAGGCUGGGCUCCCGGCUGCCCUCCUUCACCCCCGAGGAGAGGGCGCAGGUGAACGGGACAGCAGACUUCUUCGCCCUCUCUCACGGAGCGGCCCUCAGCUUCCAUCUCAUCAACGACAGCCUGAAGUUUGGGCAGCUGGAGGAACUGGACCUGAGGAUGCUGCUCUACUGGGUCAACGCGGAGUACAACAAGCCGCCCAUCUUCGUGGUGCAGAGCGGUUGGUACGUUCUUGGCAAUACUAAGACGGAAGACCCAAAACACAUGUACUACCUCAAGAGGUUCAUCGCAGAGGCACUAAAAUCGAUCAUCAUAGACGGAGUGAACGUGAUUGGAUACACAGCCUGGUCUCUGAUAGACGGCUUCGAGUGGCACAGGGAAUAUGGGAUACGACGGGGACUUUACUAUGUUGACUUUAACACUCUUGACAUGAAAAGGGAGCCAAAGACAUCUGCCACCUUUUACAGAAACGUCAUCCAGAGGAACGGUUUCCCAGAGCUCCCAGAGAACAGACCAGCACAGGGAAUAUUUCCGUGUGAUUUUGCCUGGGGGGUGUCUGCCAACUCCAUACAGGUGGAGACCACGCCCAGCCAGUUCGCAGACUCCAGUGUUUACUUGUGGAACAUCUCCAACAAUGGAGAGCUGAUUAGGCUGGAGGGCGUCACAGCCCCCCCUGUGCGCCGAACCACACACUGUGCAGAUUACGCCACCAUCGGACAACAGGUGGAUGAAAUCCGGCGGGUGGGGGUGAACCACUUCCACUUCGCCCUCAACUGGUCAGCCGUGGUGCCUUCAGGUGACGUGGCUCAUCCCAACAGCUCCCUGCUGGGCUACUACCGCUGCUUCACCCGCCAGCUGCUGCAGGCCAACGUCACGCCCGUGGUCACUCUGUGGCACCACACCCGGCAGCGCAGCAGCCUGCCCGCCCCGCUGGACACCGCCAACAAGUGGCUCAACAGGGAGACUCCAGAGGCGUUUGCAGACUAUGCCAGACUCUGUUACAGAGAACUAGGGGCCCAUGUGAAGAUGUGGAUCACCCUGAAUGAGCCCAACGAUGAGAUUGUGGGCUACCAGGAGGGACAUCAGAUGCUGCGGGCGCACGCUCUGGCCUGGCACGCAUACGACCGCGAGUUCAGACACUCCCAGGGAGGAAAGGUGUCUCUAGUUCUGCACAUGGACUGGGUGGAGCCGGCGUUUUCCUUCAGCCGUGAAGACGUGGAGCCAGCUAAAAGGGUUUUAGAUUUCCGCGUCGGCUGGUUUGCAGAGCCGAUCUUUGGCAGUGGAGACUAUCCUCUGGGAAUGAGGAGCUGGCUGCGUCAGCUCAACUCUCUUGACCUGCCAGUGUUCAAUGAGGAGGACAGACAGCUGGUCAAAGGGACAUAUGACUUCUUUGCCAUCAGUCACUUCAGUACCGAGUUGGUGACGCAUGCCAAGGAAGACUCCUACACCUACGGAGCCAUGCUGGAGGUCCAGCACAUGAUCGACACCACAUGGAUCAUGUCCCCGAGGCCUGUGGUGCCCUGGGGCCUGAGGAAAGCCCUCAACUGGGUGAGGGAGCACUACUGUGAUGUCCCUGUCUAUGUGAUGGCUAACGGGGUCCAGGAGGACCCGGCCCACUUCAAAGACAGUCUGAGAGUCUACUACCUGUACAACUACAUCAAUGAGGCCCUGAAAGCGUACACACUGGACGGAGUAAACCUGAAGGGCUACUUUGCGUACGCCCUGAGCGACGAAAGAGACCCGCGCUUCGGCAUGUACGGUCACGUUCAGGAAGAGGUCAUCAUCAAGGCCUCUCUCUCCAACUACCGCAACAUCAUCCAGCACAACGGCUUCCCCAUCCAGGGCGCACCGCCGCAGCAAUGUCCCAGCAUGCCUCAGCCCUGCCUCGGCUGCCACGUGCUGGUCAAGAGGCCCUGGCCCGUGGUGGGCUUCCUGAUGCUGGUGGGUUCAGGGGUGCUGAUCACCCUGGGCCUCAUUAUCUACUACACAGCCAAGAGGCACAAGGAGUGUUACUGAUGAGAGUGGCGGUUUUAUUUUUAGGAAAGAAAGAAAUUGGCUUGUUCUGCAGUGUGGAGUUCAAUCUCAAUUUUACUUUUACUUAAGUCUCAAUUAUUGGAUUUAUUUUGACUUUCAUGUUGAAUGAAGUCUGAAAAGUGGUCCAAUCACCUACACAUGUUUAGUGUUGCAACUGCUAUUACAUGUUGUUAGGUUACCAAACCUGAGGAACCUUUUACAGCCAAUAUAGACUGCACAUUAUUAGCAUCCAGGAUGGUGUAUGUCAGAUUUUCAAAACUGUUUGUUUGUGAUCUAAUGUUGAUUUGGUAAGUCAAAGGUCACCGAUUAGGUUACCAUUUUUUGAGACCUCUUGCACUCCAACCAAUAGUUUACCCAUAAUAUUCAAAGCAGAAGUUAUCCAGAGGAGGAAACCUGUGAAUAAUGUUUAAAAGAUGAAACUGGAUGUUAAUACCGGAAAAACAUCUGAUCGGACUAUUUUACACGUUUAAUGUAAUGUUGUUUAUGCAGUUUUUGUGCGUGAGUUUAACUGUUCUUAGUGCUCAAUUUGAAAUGAGUUUGCUUACAUAAGGUUAGAAUAGAAUUAGCACCUUUACUACAUUUUUCUUGUUGUAUAAGACCAAAAAUAUAUAUACCUGAAGCACCCAUAGUUACCGGUAGAUUCGGGAAACUUUAGUUUUAUUAAUCCCCCCUCAAUCCCUCCCCAUGUUUCCCUUUCUACCUUUGAGCAACUUCAGACUGUAUUAUAGUGAUAGUGUCGUGUCAUAAAAUGCACGUCUGGUGAUUUACAUAGAGCAACACCAGGCCUUUUGAAUAAACAAUGCAAUGUA